GUUGCUAAUCCACGGCUCCUUUCCACACGUUCCUCCAAGCGUAGCCAUUCCGUUACAGAAAAACAAGCACGGACCGUACCGCUCCUGCAUACCAGGAACUGCUACACUACUUCAGUCUCCUACAGCAUGCCUUCUUCCAGUGCCGCGCCUAAGGAUGCCAGCGAUCUGCGUCUGCCCACAGACCUGAAACCGACUCACUAUGACCUUACCGUCUGGACCGACCUCGAGACCAACAAGUUCGAAGGAAUCGUCCAUGUGGACUUGCAGGUUAUGAAGGAGACUUCCAAGGUCGUCCUGAACACCGCGAACUUGGAGCUGGGCGAGGCUUCGCUCCACUCGAAUGCCUUGCAAAGCGUUCAGAACGAGCACACUCGGGAGUUUGACGAGAAAACCGAGCGCGGGACUUUCUACUUUUCUAAAGCUCUUCCGGCUAAGUCUCAGGCCCGCUUGUCCAUCCCCUUCAAGGGGGAGCUGACGGGGGACAUGAUGGGCUAUUACCGGUCCACGGGCGGCAAGACUGGCGAGUUCAAGUACACAUUGACUCAGUUUGAGCCCACCGCCGCUAGGAGGGCGUUUCCGUGCUGGGAUGAGCCGCUGCUCAAGGCCACGGCUGCGGUCACGCUUGUCUCUCGAGUGAACUCCGUCAACCUGAGCAACAUGCCGGUUAUCUCGGAAGAAGUGUACAGACCAGAUAGCGUCGAUCAGGACUCUUGGCUCGCGAAGAAGAUGGCGUCAUUGCCUGACGCCGCAGGCCAGUGGAAGGUUACGCGUUUCGACACAACGCCUCCCGUGUCGACUUACCUCGUCGCUUACGCCAAUGGUCCGUUCGUGUACUUGGAAGACUCCUACAAGAGCCCACUCAGUGGCAAGGUCCGGCCUCUUCGUAUCUAUACGACCCCGGACGUCAUCUCCCAGGCGCAAUUCGCGCUUGAUAUCAAGCGAAAGGUUCUUCCGCUGUACGAGCAAGUAUUUGACAUCGAGUACCCCUUGCCGAAGCUCGACACUCUAGUGGCAAACGACUUCGACGCAGGUGCAAUGGAGAAUUGGGGCCUGAUUACCGGAAGGACCACCGCUUUCUUGUUAGAUCCAGCCUCUGCAGACAUCCACUCCAAGCAGAACAUUGCGACUACUCAAAGCCACGAGGUCGCACAUAUGUGGUUCGGCAACAUCACAACGAUGGAGUGGUGGGAUAAUCUCUACUUGAACGAAGGCUUCGCAACACUUAUGGGGGAGAAAAUCAUUCUUGUCAAGGUGUUCCCGGAGUGGAAAUUGGACUCCGAGUUCUUGACCACGAACUUCUUCCGAGCUCGUUCGUUGGAUGCCAAGCUUUCUUCACAUCCCAUCGAGGUGGAGUGUCCUGAUGCGAAUAUGAUCAACCAGAUAUUCGAUUCUCUCUCAUAUGCGAAGGCAGCCUCAGUGCUCAACAUGCUGGCGAGUUACGUCGGGGAGGACCGAUUCCUCAAAGGGGUCUCCAUAUACCUCAAGAAGCAUACUUACAAGAACAGUGUCACGAAAGACCUUUGGGAGGGCAUCCAAGCUGCAACAGACCUGGACAUCCCCAAAAUGAUGGACAAUUGGGUGAAGAAGAUCGGCUACCCGGUCGUCACGGUUACCGAGAAGGAAGGCGGUAUUCAGUUGAGGCAGGAUAGGUUCCUAGAGACAGGUCCGGCCGAUCCUAAGGAUAACGAGACGAUCUGGACCAUUCCUGUGAACCUGCUUACUGUCGGUUCAGACGGCAAAGCGGUGAUCAACAGGGACAUUCUCUUGAACGAGCGUGAAAAGUUCAUCCCACUGGAUACGAGCAAGCCAUACAAGCUCAACGCUGACACUACGGGCUUCUAUGCGACUCAAUACCCCCCUGAGCGACUUGCCGAGCUUGGACAGCAGGCAGUGGCUGAGAACUCUCCGUUCUCGCUGUCUGACAGGAUUGGCCUCGUUUUCGACGCACUCGCCCUCGCAAAGGCGGGCUAUGCGCCUGUGAGUAGCGCUCUAGAGCUGAUCAGCGCGUUGAAGAACGAGAAAGAGCACUUGGUCUGGAGCGCCAUCGCUACUAACAUCUCUUCCAUCGUUUCAACAUGGUAUGAGAACAACCAGGUUGUAGAUCAGCUGAAUGCUCUCAGGAGGGAACUGUUCGUCCCACUGGUCAAGCAGCAUGGGUUCCAGUAUUCCGACUCCGACACGUAUGAUGUCCAGCAGCUUCGGACCACAGCGAUUGAGCAAGCUGCCGAUGCAGGUGAUCCUUGGGUCGUGAAGGAACUUACCAGUCGCUUUGAUCACUUCCUGAAGACCGGAGACGACUCCAAGAUACCCAGCGACUUGACCGGCGUGGUAUUCAGGACCGCUGUCCGCGAAGGUGGCCGAUUGGAGUGGGAGGCUAUCAAGCGCAUUGUUCUAGCACCUAAGAACCCCUACCAAGGCCUCUCAGCAAUGAGGGCAAUGGGUGCCAGCAAGGACCUGGGGCUUGCGGAAGAGACUUUCCAGUUCAUCUUGAACGAGGCCCGUGAUCAAGACACGUUCUACUUUGCUGGUGGCUUGCAGCGCAAUUUCGUGACUAGGAAGUUCGUGGCGGAAAAGUUCAAGGAGCACUUUGCGACCUUUGAGAAGCGUUACGCUGGUAACUUCGGCCUCAUCCGAUGGACCGAGAUCUGCUUUACGGGGCUGUCUUCCGAAAAAGACUACGAAGAGACAUCAGCCUUUUUCAAGGGCAAAGACACGUCCAAGUUCGAUAUGGCGCUCAAGCAAACCCUCGACUCGAUCAAGGCUCGUGCGGCAUGGGUGAAGCGUUCCACGGGAGAGUUGACUCAAUGGCUGAACGAACAUGGUUCGAAACUCUGAAGGGCCCGUCUCGUAGCGUAGUCUCGCUUUCAUUGUUGUAUGGCAUCUUGGCCAAACGAUUCACUGUGCU